AUGAAAGAUGCAUCGUUGUCUGUCAAUCGCGAGAUGGAGCUCACGAACGCGAUCCUACCACUCGCUCGUCUCGCGUUACUGGGGUGUGCUCUCUUCGUUCUUUACAAAAUCUUCGAAACAUCCGUUUUCACUUAUCGAACACAUACUGGUUACAAAGAUUUACCACAGCAUCCGCGACACUGGUUUUGGGGCCAUUUGGCCACAAUCGGACCUAAAUUAAAUCCUUCUAUCAAUGCACAUCCCGACUAUGCAUUUGAGGAUGUAUGGCACGAGCUUGGGAAUCCUCCAGCAUAUGUUGUCGACCUUGCUCCGGUAGAUCGCGCCAUGAUCAUAAUCGCGGAUCCAACUGUAGCAGAGAGUAUAACACAACCCACAGAACGUUUCAGGCACAGCACUCCAGCACUCACGAAACUGGUUGGCAAACAGUCUCUCGUACUCAUCGAAGGAGACAACUGGCGAACUCAGAGAAGAAGAUUCAACAAGGGUUUUGCACCUGCUCAUCUCCACAGUCUUGUCCCACUGAUAGUGAGUAAGACGAGAAUCUUUCUUGACCGGUUGAAGAAGCAUGUUGAGAAGGGAGAUGCUUUUCCUUUGAAGGAGCUUACUACUGACCUAACCAUCGAUGUGAUCACUCAAGUUGCUAUUGAUAAAGACUUUCAUGCCCAAACUUUGGGCGAUGGCGAAGGUGCGAAAUCGCGAUUUGGUUUGCUUACAGCUAUUGUGACCAUGUCGACACUGAUAGAAAAGGUUGGGCAAGGAUUUGACCUAGGCGCCUACCUCUUCCCGCAGAGAAGGAUCAAGGAGUGGAUUUAUGACAGGAUUUACUCACGAGCACUAUAUACAGAGAUUAUCGACAAGUUACCAUCUUCCAAGAGAACAUCUGAAAAGAGUGACACAGGCUCGGGCAAGUCAAUCGUGAAUCUCGCCCUUUCUGGUGUAAAUCCAACACCAGCCGUCCUUGACUCCACCAUCUCGCAAGUGAAGACAUUUCUCUUUGCAGGUCAAGAUACCACAUCGACCGUUAUCCAGUGGAUGGCCUACGAACUUUCGAAGUCAUAUCCUUCCUCGCCGUUUUACUCUGACCACUAUCGACAGAUUCGGGAGCGACUUUGUGCCGAGCACGACGAAGUAUUUGGAGCAUCAGACCCCUUCGCGUUGCUGGAUAUUCUUGAGCGAGACAACACCAACGCAGAUGAACUACUUGGUUCGAAACUGCCAUACACAACAGCAUUCGUCAAGGAAACAUUGAGACUACAUCCACCCGCAGGCAGUGCUCGACUAGUGCCAAUGGCACCCUACGAUCCGACGUAUCCCGCAAACAAGAGCAAUGCACCCUACUACAUCGACCUACCAGCAUGGACGCACAGCAAAACCGGAGAACACUUCGAAGCACGAAAAGUUCGAGCCGACGGCGCAAGAUUCUACAACUCCCACCACAUCAUUCAUCGUAAUCCAACCACAUGGGGUCCUGAUGCACUCACAUUCGACCCAUCCCGCUUCCUCGAUCGCAGCGGAAAAGGAACAGUCGACGAGCUAGAAGAAGCACUAGACACAUCCAGCAAAGAAAUGAAUAGCGCAGCCGCAAAGCACAACAGCAAAACAAACCUUCCACACCCCUACCACAUCUCCACCCUACCUACAGGCAGCUAUCGACCCUUCGAGCGAGGUCCACGCACAUGUAUAGGAUCGAACCUCGCAUAUCUAGAAGCAAAGAUCGUGCUAGGCGUGAUCGCACGAGGCUUUGAAUGGCAGAAAGUCGGACUUGAUGGGACGAGGCCGAAGCCUGGUGAGGUUCGGUAUGGCGGUACGGGGAAAGAGGACAUUAAGCUUGGAGAGGCGCAUGGUUGGGAGGUGUGGUCGAUUAAUAACGUUACUGCUGUACCUGUGGAUGCGAUGAAGAUGAGAGCUAAGCUGAGGGGGAGGUGA